AUGUUUCGCUCUAAGUACGCAUCUCAGUUAAACCCCUUCAGCAAGAGCGAGGGCAGGGGCCCCAGCGAGUCCAAGGCCGCUACAACGGAGUUCUCGGGCAGCGAUGAUAUCGAGCACGGCGAGCAGUUUGUCACAGAACUGGACCAGGGAUCCAAGCGGCUCGGCCUGGUGUCGUGCAUCGGGCUGAUUUGUAACCGGAUGUUGGGCACAGGUGUGUUUGCCGUGUCGUCGACGAUCUACACGCUCUGCGGGUCGGUCGGACUGGCGCUCAUUAUGUGGGCCGUGGGCGCGAUCAUCGCGCUGUCUGGCCUUUAUGUUUACAUGGAGUUUGGAACCGCGAUCCCACGUAACGGUGGCGAGAAGAACUACCUGGAACACAUUUGCGAGAAGCCACGCUUCUUUAUCACUUGCAUGUACGCGGCGUACGUGUUUUUCCUGGGCUGGGCCGCUAGUAACUCGGUCAACUCGGCAGUCAUGUUUCUGACCGCUGCAGACGUCGAAAUCACAACGUGGAAGCAACGAGGUGUCGCGGUCGCGGUCGUGUGUUUCUGUUUCCUGGUCAAUGCAAUUAACGUGCGCGUGGGUCUUCUUAUCCAGAACGUGCUUGGCAUUUUCAAGAUCGUCAUUGUGCUGUUCAUCUCUGUGACGGGUUGGGUGGCCCUAGGCGGCGGCUUGCGCGACGGUGUCAAGACCAACAACUUCCACAACGCGUUCGAGGGCACCAAGGAUGCCACGGCCUACGGUGUUGUCAAUGCACUAUACAACGUCAUCUGGUCCUUCGUCGGCUACUCCAAUGUUAACUACGCGCUGGGCGAGGUCAAAAACCCGGUGCGCACCCUUAAAAUCGCGGGCCCAACUUCCUUGAUCUUCCUGGCCAUCGUGUACAUUUUCGUCAACAUCGCCUACUUCGCUGUUGUGCCCAAGGAAAAGCUCAUUUCUUCCAAGCUGGUGCUCGCUGCUGAUUUCUUCGACAUUGUCUUCGGCGGUAGCGGCAAGAAGGCCGCCUCCGUGAUCGUGGGUCUGAGUGCCGUUGGCAAUGUCAUGUCUGUCAUUUUCUCACAGGGCAGAAUCAUUCAGCAGCUUGGCCGUGAGGGUGUCCUUCCCUUCUCGAGUUUCUUUGCCACCUCUAAGCCUUUUGACUCUCCUCUCGUUGGCCUGCUACAGCACUUCAUCGUCUGUGUCGUGACCAUCUUGGCUCCCCCUCCAGGUGACGCUUACAACUUCAUUCUAAACCUGAUCUCGUACCCUAUGAAUGUGGUGAACCUCGUCGUCAGCUCAGGUCUGCUUUGGAUAUACUGGAAACGCCGCCAAGGUAAAAUUACCUGGAAUCCCCCCAUCAAGGCAGGCGUCGUCAUCACAACCUUCUUUACACUCUCCAACCUAUAUCUGGUGGUUGCACCUUAUGUUCCUCCAACGGGCGAUCAAUCAGUCUACAACUCUCUACCUUACUGGAUUCAUUGUGUCGUUACUUGGGGCAUCUUCGCAUUUGGCGCCGCGUAUUGGGUUGUUUGGGCCUACCUGAUGCCCAAGUUCGGGAAAUACGAACUUGUUGAUACUGAAGUUAUUGGGGAUGACGGUUUCUGGAGAAAGAAGAUCACCAAACAUUACCUCGACGACGCUGAAAAUGAUGGUGAAAGCGAAAACAACAUUGUUUCUGAAACAAUCUCUAUCAAGAAUACCGCGGACUCCUCGAAAGAAUCAAACAAAGCUGGGCUUUGA